CUCAGAACUCAUUUAAAAAUUGAGGCUCAGCAGAGCACCGGUUGCUAGGCAGAGCGCCGCAGAAAGCGAGCAUGCGCACUGAGCGCUGCGCGCAAGCCGGUGAUUGGCCAAACAAUGGCAUUAGCGGCGCGAGGGGGAUGUGUUGUCCUCGGUGUGGUACUGUCCGAAAAAAUAAACCCAGCGCCAAAAUGUUACACGUGGUGAGCACUUGCAAAGGAUAAACUAAAUACGCAAGCGACCUCUUCUACAUGCAUUUAUUCGAGAAGGAGCUGUAAACAGACAUCAUAUAGGAAUCUCGCAGGGUUCAUAGUCAUGAGAGAAGGGGCAUCUGGAGACCUCACUGGUUUGGAGCUGGAGGGAGUGAUUGAGACAGAGGAGACCCCAGUGAACAUGCUUGAGAGGUCAGCUGAGGAGGAGGAAACCACCACCAGGAGGAAGAAGAAAAAGAAAAAGAAAGAGAUCAUCUACCGCUCUGACCUGGAGGUUGAGGAUGCUGGGGAGGGAACCUCGGCGGAUGUGGAUGGAGCCUUUAGUCCUCCACUUGAUGAAGAAGAAGAGGAUAUCCUUCCUGACAGCCGUUUUGUGACCUUGACUGGCACCAUCACACGGGGAAAGCGGAAAGGCCAAAUGGUAGACAUCUAUAUGACGCUUACUGACAAAGAGCUGAGAGACAUGGCGCGCUCCAAAGAGCGUCUAGAUGCAGAGUGUGACGGGGUCGCGGAAGCCAAGCAAAAUCCCUGUGCGCUGGGGGUCAGUCAGGGCCCUCAUGUUCUCCUCUGGAGCCUUUCCUGCUCGCCGUUCAUCUUCCUUCUCUCCUUCAUCACAUCGUUUUACUACGGGACGCUCACCUGGUACAACGUUUUCCUGGUUUACAAUGAGGAACGCAGCUUUCUGCACAAGAUCACGGUGUGUCCCUUGCUCAUUCUGCUAUAUCCCGUGCUGAUUAUGACGUUGUGUGUCUGUAUGGGGGUGUACGCUGCCGUGACCCAGCUGUCCUGGGUUUUUGGAGAAUGGUGGUUGGCGGUGAGGGACCUGGAGAAGGGCUUCUGUGGGUGGAUGUGUGGUAAGCUGGGGCUGGAGGACUGUGCCCCGUAUAAUGUAGUUGAGCUGCUGGACUCUGACACUCUGUCCGGGACCCUCCAGGGGAAGAGGAUGGAAGAUGUUGAGCACACUUCUACUUUGUGAACUUGAUGGAUGGAAUAACUUUUGGAUUUAAGGAAUGUUUUUGGUUAAUACAAGUUAAGUUCUGUCAAUGGCAUCUGUGGCAUGCUGAAGAAGAUCAUUUUGACUUGGACAGGAUAUGUCUUCAGACUUUUCAGUCAACUUGAAGUUUUAAGAUUUUUCUUUUCAACAUAAAAAUGAGUCAAAAUGGUUUUUGACAGCAUUUAACUUGUUUUCAAGCCUGAGCAUUCAUAUUAAAGGGUUAGUUCACCCAAAAAUGAAAAUUCUGUCAUUAAU